AUGGCUACAUGCUGUGUACCAUGUCCAGCAGCGGCACCGUGUGCCAUGUCCGCAGGCAUCAAGUCUGGCCUUCGCGACGAUAAGCCUAUCGACGGGAAACAGGACUGUGGAAACUAUGCUUGUGAUUCCUGUUGUCGUAGGCCAUCAAUGUUUGGGCCUUGUUACAAACAGCCCCGUAUCCCAGAUUCGUAUGCACCGCGGCGCUGUUACAUGAGGCCGUGCGCACCCAUGCAGUCUACCACCACGUACAACAUGUCAUACUUACCAGCUACAGGAUGCUCGAAUCUCAGGGGUAUGAUGCGCAAACCUCUACCGAACCUGGUACCGAGUUGCGAGCCGAUGGAAAGCUGUACUAUACAAAAGCUGUCGUUCCUCCCAAAUCCUGUACACGUCACCCAGCCGAUUCGUCCAUGCCACCACGACAUGUGGGGUCAGGGUCCCAUGCAGAAUAUUACGACACAGCGCCACGACUACGUGCCGAAACCGUCGAUACCACGUCCGAGCUGCAGGCCACCACACAAGUUUCACUGUAUUGAACAGCCAUUUGAACGGAGGACGAUCAACCGGCUGUCGUAUGUGGACCCUGGCCGCUGCCCAGUGACGCCAUCGUAUGCACCGCUCAACUGUUAUGAAAGAGCAUCAGCACCUAUGGAAUGCAGUACCAUUCACAAAAUGUCGUAUCAACCUGUGUGUGCACCACAGCCGCAGCGGCCGCCAUGGUCCUGCAAGGGCCAGUACCAAAAACCAUGCCAGAGGCUGGAAUCGGCAACGACCUACAGAAUGUCUUUCCCCGCUCCUGGUGUAGACUGCAUACAAUACAUGAACCCUUGCAGCUAUGGCGAUUGCAAACCGUGCAAUACUUUCUCCCCACCUACGUGCUAUACGACGAAUCCUUGUUGCUGCAAUUUCCCAAGGGCAGCUUGCUGUGGUUAG